GAUGUUAAGUGGAACAUAUCGUGUUCAAUUGGGUUAAAUUAAUUUUCCUUCGAAGGAAAUUGGGAACAGACAUAUGUAUUUAUUUUGGGAAUAAUAUGUGAUUAGGAUGAAAAAGGACUGGAUUUUUAUUCUUUUACUUACUUUUUCAAUUGCUAAAACAGUAGAAGGAGGAUGUGGACCGUCGAAGUCUGACAUCAUCUUUGUGACGGACGAGUCAGGGUCUGUGGGGGCCUACAACUUCCAGCUGACUCUGGAGGCCCUGAGGGACACAGUGGCCAGGCUGGACGUCGACUCCGGUAACGUGAGGGUGGGAGUCAUGUGUUUCCAGAGCUCCCAGAGAACCAUAUUCAAUCUGGACGCGUACAGCACGGUCUCCAGCAUGCAAAACGCCAUCAUGAACAUCGAUUACCGAAGCGGGGGGACCAAAAUCGGCAGCGCGAUGAAGUACACCCGAGAAAACAUGUUCCGUGCAAAUCAUGGUGACCGACCCUAUGUGACGAACAUUAUGGUAGUGAUGACGGACGGCGUUUCCAAUGACAACGAGUUAUACGAGGCCGAGAUGACCAAGGCCGCGGACAUCGUUAUCUUCUCUGUUGGGAUCGGGAACAACCUCGACCUAGAUAUGCUCAACACUAUUGCCAAUGACCCUUCAUACUUCCUUCAGACUGAAUAUUCGCAGUUAGGGAUUGCUCUGUCCGCUUUUAUCGAGUCCAAAGUGCCCUGCGCCUGGUAUUGUGACAAUGGCGAAGGGUUUGAGCGAGGCGGCGAUGUCUCGCAGACUUCAUCUCUUGGUAGCAAUUCAGGAGUCACAUACAUUCUUCAAGAUACUAAUUCCGGUGUUUCCUGCUGUGGAAGCGUAGAAUCUUGGACGUUCUAUCCAAAGAGGUCGGGCUCGAUUUACCUUCAGAUUUGGCGCCCUGUAACCGGAUCCUCUUACAAACUCAUCGGCUAUAACUAUGUCUACGUGCAUUCUUCCAACAUAAACAGGAUCGUGAAGUACGUAGUCCCGGACAACGAACGGAUAACGGUGAACGACGGGGACAAAAUGGGAUGGUAUAACCCGGGACAGGAAAUGAUACCCUACACGUCAAAUUCGGGCUUCACACAAAACAGGUUUUCCUGGGGAGCGACAACAUUGGGGACCGUAAAGAGCGUCUCCUCCCCAACCAACAUCAACGCUCAGUUUGCCAUCAAGCUUAAGCUAGUGAAUGACAGUAGUAACUUAUGGUUUGUUAAUUCGGGUAGAACUAUUCAUCUCCUCGACAACGUGGGAUUUGGAACGUCAGUAUACAACAUCGUGGUAGGACAGCGCACACAGGACAUCCUGACAAAGACCAUGAAUGAUCCGAGCGGAAAGUUUACCUGGAACAGCGACACGGGUGCCGUGAGUACGUCUGGAACACUGGUCAAUGGGCAGACAUACACCAUGACAUUUACGGCGAAGAAAACUUGUUUGAACACGACCAUUUCCGGAGGAACGCUGUCUGUGAAAGUUUCGAACACUCCACCACGAAUAACGUCACUUCCUGCUAUGAUGACGCUGUCAGAAAACCAACAAAGCAGCAUCACUCUUCACGUGCUGACCGUAGCAGACGACACUGAUAGCUCAGUCACAUGUUCUAUUGACUCCGUGGACCCAUCGUCUGCAACUUCCAAAUUUUCUCUCACCUCAGCUACUGCGAUGAGUUACAAUUUGAUUCUCAAUAGUAAUUCAGAGUUUAAUUACACAAAUGACAAAAAAUACACGAUAAAACUAUCCUGUACAGAUGGUAAAAACAGCCCAGUUUAUGGCUUCUUCAAACUGUUCUUGCAGCGUAACGUACGCCCAUACCUAAGCAAUAUUCCAGCUAACGGUUUUUCAUACAGCGCCAGUUCUAGAUCCAACAUGACGGACUUCAUCACACUCACCACCACUGAUCCGGACAACACAGACUUCACUUACGCCUUUGAGUACUGUGGACCUUACUCGUGCCCUCUUUGGAUGCUGGAUGAAACAACGGGUUUGGUUGAGUACAACCAAAGCAUGGGCGGCUGGUGGAAGGGAGGAUUCAAUGUUGGCUUCUCUGUAACAGACGGCCAGACCAAGUCCAAAUCUAAGUACAUCCCUGUCCAUCUAACAGGUUACCGGUAUAGUCCGUCCUUCAUCAGUCUCCCUACUGUUAGUAAGCUGGUGAUUAAUGAGAAGAUCCCCCCGAACCAGUUCCUCUUCACCGUGACCUUCUAUGACCUUGACGUUGAUACAUUGACACCAACGUUCACAAUCAGCAAUGGAGACUGGACGUACUUUACUAUAAAAGAUAACACUGACGUCUAUACAAGCAACACCCAGAUUGACUACGAAAGCCUGUCAAGAACGAGUUACCUUAUCACGGCCUCUGUCAGCGACGGAACGUCCACGGUCAGUAAAUCGUUCACAAUAAAAAUCGACAACGUGAACGAGGCGCCGUCAUUCCAAACCACCGUGUAUACCGUCACUGCCGAUGAGGGACCGGCGGGAACUCAGCUGACGCCCUACCCUCCGUCAUAUGUUUUCACGGACGUUGAUGUCGGUGACACUCAUUUCUUCACUUUGGAUUGUGGACAGAGUACACGAUACUUCAGCUUCGACACUUCAAACGGUGCCAUAUCCUUCGGACGGGCGGUAGACGUUGACAGCGGGGCACCAAGGCUGACGUCAUGCAAGGUCAAAGUAUACGACCAAGGUCAUCUCACCGACUCGGCUGAUUUGCAUAUCACUGUGUAUGAUAUAAAUGACAACGGACCUCGUUUUGAUCAGACGUAUUACACGUAUUCUGUUACCCCCGGUGUGACCCCGGGGACCGUGAUAGGUCUCAUUACCCUAACAGACGCUGACCUGACUGACCCGCACAACGCCAUCGGACGUGUUUGGUUCGAAAAUCAGCCGACAGACUCAAAAGGACAAGAAUACUUCGCGUACAACAAUGUGACCAGAGAAUUUAGCGUGGCACAGAAUUUGAGCCAAUAUUUCUUUGGAUCUUACCUCGAGUUCCAGCUCAAAGCGCGAGAUCUUGGUUCACCUCAAUUAGAGGCAACUGCUAACAUAGUGAUCUUGUUUGAAGCGAUGACAACUACGGUUGCCAUGCCAACAACAGAAACCCCUGGAAGUUUUGGAAACGACGCCAAGAACGCGCUAUGGAUGAGUGCCGUGGGAAUGGGCGGGGCUGGAUUACUGCUGACUGGUGGUUAUGUGGCUCUCAAAGCGUGCUGCAACAGUGCGUCUGGUCUUUCGUCUCUCGGAGGUAGUGGUGGACCACUCAAUGUCUCCUCGUCUGAUCCAGCAGCCAAUGACAAGCCAGAACAGAAAAAGAAGCCAAAGAAAGCCAAAAGCAAGGGUCGUGAUAAAGUUUUCAAAGACGGCAACAUGGUAUAAAUUGAAAAAUGUCACUGUGUACAUAAUUUUUAGAUGUUUUUCUCAUUGUUUUGUUUUGAUUUUUGUUAUUCUUUUAUUUAUUGAAAAUCUCUAUCACAUUUUUGCGGGUUUUUUUGGACUUGGUUUGUUUGUCCUUCAUCACUGCAAACUGAUGUUUGUUAUCAUUUCAUCGCUCUCAAGUCUGUGGACGGUCGUGCAAUGUGAAGCUAUGGUAUUCACUGUGUACAAUCUAAUUAUACUACACUUGGGUAAAACAAAACGGGUUUAAAAACUUUUUAAGGCAUGUCUUAUAUUUAAUUUCAUUUAAAUUAUAUGUUCCAAAAGUAAAUAUCUUCUUAAUCAAAGUGGGAGAAAAUGAAGUGACCCCCACUGAAAGCAUUUCUACAUGUAUUUCAUCCCACCCUAUACCUGUUAUUAUAAUUGUAGACGUAUGUAGAUCAGCUAUUCGGUUUUUUGGGGUGUUUU